AUGGGAGACUACCAUGACAUUUACCUGACCACAGACGUACUGCUAUUGGUCGACGUCUUUGAGACAUUUGGAGGCGUCUGCCUGGACAAUUACAAGCUUGAUCCUGCACACUUUUACAGCGCACCUAGCUGGGCCUGGAAAGCAGCGCUGAAAUAUACCGGAAUCAGGCUGGAGCUCCUUACGGAUCUACAUAUGCUCCUGAUGUUCGAGAAGUGUAUAAGAGGAGGUAUAACUCAGGCCGUACACCGGUAUGCAAAAGCUAACAAUAAGUACAUGGGAGACCGGUAUAACCAGGAUGAGGAGUCCUCCUACAUGCAUUAUCUGGAUGCCAACAACCUAUACGGAUGGGCCAUGUGUCAAGAUCUCCCAACGGACGGUUUCAAAUGGGUAUCGAACGUCGAGGCAUUCACUGCAAGGCGGUUCAGGAAGCUCGUUGAGGACAAUAGGCAUGGGUACAUUUUGGAGGCUGAUAUUAGCUAUCCCAGUGAGCUGCAUGACAAACAUAACGAGCUGCCGCUCCUGCCUGAACGCAGGACGGUCCACAAGGUCGAGAACUUGGUGCCGAACUUGGAAGAUAAACAUAGAAAUGUGGUGCAUAUCAGAGCACUUCACGAGGCCAUAAAACAUGGUCUUGAGCUCAAGAAAUUGCGCAGAGUGAUCUGGUUCAAUCAAAAGGCGUGGCUAAGGGGAUAUAUAGAUCACAAUACGAGGCUUAGAACGGCUGCCAAAAACGAGUUCGAAAAGUACUUCUACAAGCUUAUGAAUUUAAGCGUAUUUGGCAAGACGAUGGAGAACAUUAGAAACCACCGCAACAUCCAGCUGGUUACCAACGAGAACAAGUACACGAAGCUUGUGAUGAAGCCAAAUUUCAAGGGUGGGUGCCGGUUCAGCAAAAACCUGAUAGGAGUUGAAAUGGGCAAGACCGAGGUGAAGAUGAAUAAGCCCGUAUACAUUGGUCAGGCCAUCCUGGAUAUGUCGAAGCUGGUCAUGUACGAGUUCCACUACAACUACAUACAAGAAAAAUAUGGUUCUAAAAUACAGCUCUGCUACAUGGAGACGGACUCCUUUGCGUACCAAAUAAGGACGCAUGAUUUCUAUGCUUAUAUAGACGAUGUUGAAACACGUUUCGAUACUGGUGCGUAUAGCAAGGAUGAUGGAAGGCCCCUUCCUAUAGGGAAAAACAAGAAGGUGGUAGGCUUGAUGAAGGAUGAGCUGGGUGGAAAAAUCAUGACAGAGUUCAUCACCCUGAGGGCCAACCUAUAUGCUUACAAGAGUCUUACCAAAGAGGGCGGUGACAGGAAAGCGAAGGGUGUGAAAAAAUGCGUUAUGAAGAAGUCGAUCACUUUUGACGACUAUUGGCGAUGCCUGAGAGAGGGCGUUGACAUCUACAAAAGCCAGGUGCUUAUUCAAAAUAAGGGUCAUAAGUUAUAUACCCAAGAGAUAUCGAAGUUGGCACUCAACAGUGCGGAUGAUAAGCGGAUCGUACAGCCCAAUCAAAUUACGACGCUUGCUCGUGGCUACAGGGGAAUAAAAUGGAGACGUAUAAUAAAAAGUAUGUCUGAUAUUGCACAAGUAUUCGACAAUGCACCUGCAGAAACCUAUGAGCAGGUAGAGAAGCCCAUCGAUAAGCGCCAAAUUUUGCCAAAGAAGUGCACGGAAGGGUUUGUCGAUAAGACAUUGAAAAGGUCCAUGCGGAGUAUGUACAACGUGAAUUGCAAGAGAAGGGGGAGAAGACGGCAAAAGCACUGUCUACAAAUGUUAUAA